AUGGCUCGCCCAAUUGAAGCUGUGAAGGAUAUUAAUAAUUCAAAGGGUUUAUUGAAGAUUGCUGUUAGGUGCAAGCAUUUGUGGACUGUGACGAGUGCAUCAAAAAAGGAACACAUCGAGAUGAUUUUGGUUGAUUCUGAGUUAGAUAUGAUUCAAGUCAUUGUGCAAUCCUUCUUGGUUUCAAAAUUCAAGGAGCAACUCGCGCUGAACAUUCUUCAUUUGGAUGCCAUUGUUGAAGGCAAAUUCCAGUCUAAUAUUUUGGUUGAUAUUCUUGGAGGAGUGACCGAGAUUUCUCAAACUCAAAUCAAUGCUGAUAACAAAAAGAGAAAGGUUGUGUUUUCAAUUACUGAUAAUAGAAGCAGAUCUGAAGUUCAAUGUACUCUUUGGGGUCAACUUGCCAUACAAUUUCACAAUUAUUAUAAAAGUUAUAAGGAAGAUGGAAGUAUAAUUGUUUUUCUUAUUAAUGCCAGGAUUAAGGAGGCUCAAGGAGGGUUUCCUUCGAACAUCUCUAACGCUUGGAAUGGCACAAAGUUUCUAAUUAAUGAUGUUACCCUUGAUGUAGUUAUCAAGCUCAGAGACAGUCUGCAGCCUGAAUUUCCAUUAUUUUCUUCAUCAAGUCUUCAAGUGGACACAACACAAAACUUAUACUAUUCUGAUUUCGAUAAGCUUGUUUGGAAGGAAGAAAUUCUAAGUCUUGCUGAAAUAACAACUCUGCAACACGAGACUACAUGUGUUACUGUUGCGACUUUGGACAAAUUUGAGGAUGGACAGUCAAGCCGCCCAACACCCGUACCAAGAUAUAAACUUGAAGUCUUGGUUGUUGACGGUAAAUACAAGGCCAUAUUCAUUUUUUGGGACGGAGAUUGCGUCAAGUUGAUUGGGAAGUCCGCUCUUCAAAUGAAAAGUGAAUUGAUAGAGGCCGGUGAAGAUGAUCCUCUUGAAUUCCCUUAUGCACUUGAUGCAAUUCUAAAGUAG